AUGGCGGUAGCGGCGGCGGCGGCGGCGGCGGCGGGGCCGGCGAGCGGGGGCGGCGGCCGGGCGCAGCGCCGGAGCGGGCUGCUGGAAGUUUUGGUGCGGGACCGCUGGCACAAAGUUCUGGUGAACUUGAGCGAGGACGCCCUGGUUCUGAGCUGCGAGGAGGGCGCCGCGUACAACGGCAUCGGGGCCGUGGCCACCAAUGGCUCGUUCUGCAGGGGCCCCGCGCACCCGGGCACCCCCGGAGGAGGCGCGCAGCCCCCAGACUCGCCGGCCGCCGCCGGGGUGCGCACCGCCUUCACCGACCUGCCCGAGCAGGUGCCCGAGUCCAUCUCCAACCAGAAGCGCGGCGUGAAGGUGCUGAAGCAGGAGCUGGGCGGGCUGGGCAUCAGCAUCAAGGGGGGCAAGGAGAACAAGAUGCCCAUCCUCAUCAGCAAGAUCUUCAAGGGGCUGGCGGCCGACCAGACCCAGGCCCUGUACGUGGGCGACGCCAUCCUGUCGGUGAACGGUGCCGACCUGCGGGACGCCACCCACGACGAGGCGGUGCAGGCGCUCAAGCGCGCGGGCAAGGAGGUGCUGCUGGAAGUGAAGUACAUGCGAGAAGCCACACCCUACGUGAAGAAAGGCUCCCCUGUGUCGGAGAUUGGGUGGGAAACGCCUCCGCCCGAAUCCCCGCGGUUAGGGAGUGGCUCCUCGGACCCUCUGGCAUCAUCGUCCUCGCAGCCCUUCUCCUUCCACAGAGACCGGAAGAACAUCCCCCUCAGGAUGUGCUACGUCACUCGGAGUCUGGCCUUGGCCGACCCAGAGAACAGGCAGCUUGAAAUCCACUCUCCAGAUGCUAAGCACACGGUGAUCCUAAGGGGCAAGGACUCAGCCACUGCUCAGGCCUGGUUCAGUGCCAUCCACUCCAACGUCAGUGACCUGCUGACCCGAGUGAUUGCCGAGGUCAGAGAGCAGCUGGGGAAAACAGGCAUUGCCGGGAGCCGAGAGAUCAGGCACCUUGGCUGGCUUGCAGAAAAGGUGCCUGGGGAGAAUGAGAAACAGUGGAAGCCAGCCCUGGUUGUGCUGACUGACAAGGACCUUUUAAUCUACGACAGCAUGCCCCGGAGGAAGGAAGCCUGGUUGAGCCCGGUCCACAUGCAUCCUCUUCUUGCCACCAGGCUGGUCCAUUCAGGUCCAGGGAAAGGAUCUCCCCAGGCUGGUGUGGAUCUGUCCUUUGCAAUACGAACGGGUACCAGGCAGGGGAUUGAAACGCAUCUCUUCAGAGCUGAAAUCAGCAGGGACCUCUCCCACUGGACCAGGAGCAUAGUACAGGGCUGCCACAACUCAGCCGAACUCAUUACCGAAGUCACUACAGCUUGCACCUACAGAAACCAGGAAUGCCGUCUGACCAUACAUUAUGACAAUGGAUUUUCUAUUACCACUGAACCACAGGAGGGUGCCUUUCCCAAGACAAUCAUACAGGCCCCAUAUGAAAAGUUGAAAAUGUCUUCAGAUGAUGGAAUCAGGAUGCUGUAUUUAGAUUUUGGAGGCAAAGAUGGAGAGCUGCAACUGGACCUUCACUCCUGCCCCAAGCCAAUUGUUUUCAUCAUUCACUCCUUCCUGUCAGCUAAAAUCACAAGACUGGGCCUGGUGGCCUGA